AUGGCUCCAAAACCUUCUAAACUUGCUGGAGUUGAUUCAUCUUUAGCUCACUCCGUCAAGGCCCCUCUCACUUGUCUUACCGUUCGGCAAAUCAAGAUAAUUGAGCCCAUCAGACCUCCAAAACCAUCGGACACCCCUACCGAUCGUUUUCAAAAGGCACAGCCACUCCCACCUUCAGUAUCACCGAUCAGUAACUACCAUGGGUCAACCUCCAUAGCUCGAAUCAGACCACGUUGCCGAAGAAGCUUCCUUUCAGCACAGCCAACACAAAGGUCUCACCAAGGCCUUGUGGCUGAAGCCACCGCAGGCUCCCAAAAGUUACUCAAUCCACCCUUGCCGAACGGUAAGGGUUUUGCAGAAGCAAUGGGGACUCGCAAGAUGGCUCCUUCCAAAAAUCAAGGUGCCUCCACGAAACCAGCCUCCUGGCCACUCUACCGGAGCUGUGCAUACAAACCCUCGAGAAACUUCUCAACACCCUUGCCGAACGGCAAGGGUCGUGACGAAACAGGGAGCUUGCGAAAUCUGCUCAAAUCACAUCGGAACCACCAAGUCUUGCCUGCCGAAGGAAAAGGGACGGUCAAGUCUCACCAGGGCCUCACCGUGACUUCACGCCGGAAUCAAUGGAAGACACGACCUCUUCUUCGAACCACGUCGUGCCAAAGCUGUAACCACAAAGCCUCCUCUUCACCCUUGCCGAACGGCAAGGACCAGGCUUUUCAAACUGUAAGCCCAGCUCGACAACCUUCACGGCUCCCUGGCAAAGAUUAA